AUGAUAGAGCCCUCGGAAGUCGCCAAACACAACUCCGCCGAUAGUUGCUGGGUUGUCCUCUACGGCAAAGUAUACGAUGUCACUAACUUUCUUGAAAAUCAUCCUGGGGGCUCUGCUGCUAUCCUAGCCCUAGCUGGGAAAGAUGCAACCGAGGAAUAUGAUACCAUACAUCCCUCGGGUCUAUUAGAAGAGUACCUUGAUCCUAAGGCAUGUUUGGGUGUGUUAUCCGCAUCUGCACCAGAGGCCGCGGAGCCAACAAGGAUCUCCAGUCAGUCAGCAUCUAAAGAGGCUUCCGAAGAAACACCACUAUCAUCACUGUUGAACCUCGCCGAGAUUGAACAAGCUGCCAAGAGAAAACUCAGCCCUAAGGGUUGGGCAUAUUACUCCUCUGCAACGGACGACAGCAUCACAAAAAUACACAACAAUCUCAUAUACCGUUCGAUCUUACCAAGACCUCGAGUCUUCAUAGACUGUCGUGAAUGCGAUCUUUCCACCCGUUUCCUCGGCCUCAAACUCGGGCUACCGAUCUACAUAUCUCCAGCUGCAAUGGCUCGUCUCGCCCACCCACAGGGCGAAGCCGGCAUUGCAGCAGCCUGCCGAAAGUUUGGGGCGAUGCAACUUAUCUCCCACAACGCCUCGAUGACCACACAGCAGAUCGUCGCAAAUGCCCAUCCAGACCAAAUCUUCGGCUGGCAACUGUAUUGCCUAAAAGACGUGAAGCGUAGCGAGAAGCGGAUCGCCGAGAUCAACUCAAUCAAAGAAAUCAAAUUCAUCUGUCUCACACUUGACGCUCCAUUUCCCGGUAAACGCGAGAUCGAGGAGCGACAAAAGAUGGAAGAGCUGCGUGCCGCUGGUGCGGUGUUGUCGCCCCAGGUCUGGGGAACUGAUGCCUCGCUCACGUGGGAGAGAACGCUUAAUUGGCUCCGGAUGCAUACGUCACUGCCAAUUGUUCUGAAGGGUAUUCAGACUUAUGAGGACGCGAUCCUCGCCGCAAAACAUGCACCCCAGGUCCGGGGUAUUGUGCUUUCAAACCACGGCGGCCGCGCGUUAGAUACCGUGUCGACUCCUGUACAUGUCCUACUGGAGAUUAGACGCUUCUGUCCGGAGGUCUUUGAUCGAUUAGACGUCAUCGUUGAUGGUGGUAUCCAAAGAGGGACGGAUGUCGUCAAAGCUCUAGCGCUUGGUGCUAAGGCUGUGGGGAUUGGACGAGCAGCUUUGUAUGGUCUUGCGGCUGGUGGGCAAAGUGGUGUCGAAAGGACAUUGCAGAUCCUUGCCGACGAAACAGCCACCGCUAUGAGACUCCUCGGAGUUCAACAUGUUGACCAGCUGUCACUUCAGCAUGUAAAUACCCGGCUCGUGGACUCACAGAUCUCCGACUCGGAAAGCUCCAUGUUAAAUGCAGAGUCAGUAGAAGGGGCUUUUCCAGCUCGCGCCAAGUUCUGA